AUGUCGUCGACGUACGUGCACUACUCCUCGCCCUCUUCCUUACCCUCAGACUACGCUAUCCUGUCUCGCUACGCGGCGGCACACGACCUAAAUACCGAAGCGCCAACACCAGAAGACUCAGACGCAGGACCCUCGGGCGAGCCUGUCUUUGAAGAUAACGAGUCGCUCGACCCGGACGGCGUAGACAUCGACUCCAGCAGUCGUCGGCGACGGCGUAGCUUUCCUACCUCGUAUCUCACACCCUUCAAUCCGACCAUGGGCCCUCUUCCGAACAAGUCGGGCCACCGCACCGGCCCCAAGCCCCCAAACCCGACGGAGAACACGCCCCUUCUCGCACCUCUUGUGCCUCGUAUAGCGGAGGAAUGCGACGCGGAAGACUAUGCCGAGCCUCCAAGCCUUCUCAAGAUGUUCAAAGAAGAGGCCAGGAUCCUCACGAAGUACACGGUUCCGGUCUUCUUGACGCACCUAUUCGAGUACUCUCUGGUGAUCGCGUCGGUCAUCUCUAUCGGGCAUUUGUCUACGACCGCUCUUGCCGCAUCCACACUAGGUUCCAUGACUGCGAGCGUCUCGGGCUUCAGCAUCAUUCAAGGCUUCGCGAGCACGCUCGAUACUAUGCUUCCGAGCGCGUGGACAUCCACUCAACCACAAUUGGUGGGGCUGUGGUCACAACGAAUGGCGGUCGUGAUGGCUGCUACGCUCAUACCUAUCUUGAUGGUGUGGUUUAGCUCGGAAAGCAUCCUACUCUUUUUGAAGCAGGAACCUGAGGUUGCGCGGCUUGCAGCAGUAUACCUCAGGUGGUCCGCAAUUGGCCUCCCUGCGUACGCGUUCAACUCCGUAUCUCGACGCUACUUCCAGUCCCAGGGUCUCUUUACGGUCCCCACCCGCAUCAUUCUUGGAGUCGCACCCAUCAACGCAGUGCUCAACUAUAUUCUCGUGUGGGGACCCGAUCCCGUUCGUCUUGGCUUCAUUGGCGCACCCAUCGCGACAGCGAUAUCUUUCAACCUGAUCUCAAUCCUCUCAAUCAUCUACGGCGUGUUCUUCGUUCCAAAGACUGCAUGGCACCCGCUCUCUAUGCGCUGUUUCACUAGUCUCGGCGUACUCGUACAGCUCGGCCUGUCUGGUGUUGGGCAGGUCGCGAGCGAGUGGUGGUCAUGGGAGCUUGUCGGUCUCGCGGCUAGUCAGCUUGGACCCACCGCGCUUGCGACACAGUCCGUGCUGCUUGUUUCCGCCUCGACAACAUACCAGGCGCCAUUCGCGUUGAGCGUUGCGUCUUCGGUUCGCAUCGGGAACCUUCUCGGUGAAGAAAACGCGAAGCGUGCGGCCGUUGCAGCCAAGUGCUCUAUCCUGAUGUCGCUAGUCAUCAGCACUGUGUGGAGCACGAUGUUCAUGGUCUUCCGCAACUCGUGGGCGCACCUGUUCAACGAUGACCCUGCUGUCGUUGCUUCCGUCGCGUCGAUCCUCCCUCUUGUCGCGCUCUUCCAAGUGUUCGAUGGCCUAAGCGCGAUCACCGCGGGUGUUUUGCGUGCAGUUGGAAAGCAGUUCACCGGUGCACUUCUCAACCUCAGCGCCUACUACGUCGUCGGCAUUCCAUUCGGAAUCUGGCUGGCGUUCUGGAAAGGAAUGGACCUGCACGGGUUGUGGAUCGGCCUCACCGUCUCGCUCGUGUACUGCGCAGCGGUCGGCGUGUGGCUUUGCCUGCAGACAGACUGGAACCGACAGGUGGAGAAGGUGCGCAUCCGGCUCGCGGCGGACAGCAAGGCGUCGGACGCGGAGAGGCAGCAGCACUAGCAUUAGGAGGGUGUGCACGAAUCGAUGCCCUGGACAUUUUUGGAUUGCUAACCAAAUAUCUUGGAGAACGCGAAAAGGGCGAUAUGUCCCUACUGCUUUAUCUAGCGUAGCACAUCG